AGCAUGUUGCCCUGGCCGCCCCGGCCAAGGGGCACAGACGAGGAGGAGGAGGAGGAGGAGGAGGAGGAGGAAGAGGAGGAGGAGGAGGAGGCGCAGGAGGAACCAGGCCCCUUGGCGGGCAGUGAGCAAGGCGAGGCCUGGAACUCUGGAGAGGAAGCCCUGGGGGAGCCAGAAACACCCCCACAGGACAGCGGGCAACCCCAGGCUCUACGUCCUUCCUGGACCAGGAGAGAGCAGCCCCUGCCCCGCCAGCCCCCAGGCCAGUCUACCGAGCAGUCCCCAGAAAUCCCAGUCCCACUUUCCCCUCAGGUGACUUGGGAGGUGGCCCCCUCAAGGAUGACCCUGCUGUCACCCUGGGACCCCAACUAUGAGACCAAAGCAAGACCUCGGCUGCUGUGGGGUGCCAGCUGUGGGUCAGGCACCUCUUUCUCAGGCCGGACCCUGUGUCAUCCCUCCUUCUGGCCUAUGUACGAGGUCUCGGGCAGGGCUGUCAGGCCCCCGGCCCCCACUCCAGCGCAUCAGGAUGCAGAGCCGCCGCCCAGGGAUGCAGGGCUCCCCGUGAUGUGCUCUGAAGAUGUCUUUCUCUUGGACCCUCUGCUGCCCCCUGGGCAGCGUAUACCCCUGUACCUGUCUGAGGCUCCUCAGCAGGCCAUGGGCUCGCUGAAGCUGCUGCUCCCUCCUCCCAUCAUGUCCCCCUCAGUCUGCCCCUCUCCAUCCCAGGGCUGCUCCACUGCUUGGCUUAGUGGGCCGGAACUGAUCGCCCUCACUGGCCUGCUGCAGAUGAGUCAGGGGGAGCCGAGACCCAGCUCCUCCGAAGCUUCCCCACCCCCUACCAGCAGCACAGCCCCUGUUCCUGUUUCUGACCGUCCAGGCCCCAGUGGUAGCCAAAGCUGUUCUGGAAACACUGACCCAUCUCUCCCACAGACUCCAGACACCCAUUGUCCAUAACCCCUGGGGGCGGGGCAGAGUAGGCCUCCCACUUCACCAGGCAGGUUCUGUUGACAAUAAAACUGUGUUGGUUUGCAAAACAGGCUCCCUAUGACAGGUGGCAGAAUGGGAGCAGGGGGCUCUCUUCCUCUACCACUGCAUUGUCUGUCCUUCCCUGGAAUUCUUGUCACUCAUUGACCCAACCCCAUGGGGAAGGGAAAUCCACCAAUCUAAGACAGUUACCCAGCAGGGUGCCUUUAAUGGGUGGGUGGUGGCCCACAGUACAGGGUUGAGGCUGAACCUAUAGGAAGCAAGGACUUGGUUAGCUCUGCCAGGCUUGUUCUUGGCACAGGGAGAGGCAGACUGAGGAGGCCCAGGGGUUCAUUCUUCUUGAGCUGGGGCCCCGGGAGUUCAACCCUGGGGCUGGGCAGGGGAGGGCUAGAUGGGGAUUAUUCUUUGGCUCAGAGGAGACCCACAAAGGCGCUGCAGGUGUGUGCAGGAACACCAGGCCAAAUAGGAAUCUUCAUCUGUGGCAUAACCAAAGCCCACCUGAGUCUGAUUCUGUAGGAAUUCUGCAGGGAAACAGGAUCAGGGUUUCAAAUGAUAAAGUUCAGAAGUUCGUAAUUUUGGGAAGGAGUAGAUGUGGGGUUGGGAGGAGGUAGAAGAGGUUCUGGAAUUUUCUCCCUUAAGAGAAACUGAAUGAGACAAAGCUGACCAAGGGGCAGCCCAGUGCCCCUUACAAGUCUCGGGUUGGAGGUCCAGGAGUUGGCUUUUCAGUCGUGGUAGGGGGUGUUAGAAGGCAUGAGCGGGAUGGGGGGACAUCGGUAACUUUGCUGGGUUUCCCCCUCUGCCGCUGGCCAGUGCCCGCGUCUGCUCACGGGCGCCUCCCAAAGGUUCUAGAACUCGAUGCGCGCGUAGCUGUGCGGGCCGGCCCUGGGGCCAUGGCCACGAGCCUCUAGAGGGACCAGGUCCAGGUCGACGUAAUUGAGGCAGCUGUCGCGGGGCGCCAGCCUAGCAAUGCCUGUUUCUACCAAGUCUGGGGCCCCAUACUUGAUGUACACGUACUCCCCGGCCAGUUUUGAUGGCGGCAGAGAGCAGGGUGGAUCACUUGCAUGUCCCCAGCCGUCCCUGGUGCUGCCUUGCCCUGAUCCAGGCUUCUGGGCCUUGGACUUGUCGGAAAAGGGCCCUGGUGGAAAGCUCUUCAUGGGCACGUACUCGGUGCCUCCCCAGUCUUGAAGGGGCUGGUGGGGAGUCGUGCUGACGGCGAGAGAAAGAGCCGAGGGCCCCAUUAUCACAUAACCGUCUGCCUCGCUAACCCCCAUAUGCUCGUAAUCACUCCUGACUCCCAUGGUGAUGUAGCCCGCGCCCGGAUCAGACCCCUCGGGGUACGAGGCUGCCACCCCCAGCCUCGCCAAAGUCUUAAGGGUUGCUUGCUCCAUCCUCUCAACCAGGCCUCUUGGCUGGGCUGCAGAGGCCGGGGACUCAUAAGACUGGGGGACAGGAGGUCUGGAGGUGCUCGUCGAAGAAUCCCUGGACAGUGGCUCAGCCCUGCCACCAGCACCACUGCCUCCGAGUCUCUUCAUGGCGGCCAGGACUGUCUCGUGGAUGCUUUGGGCCACCACUUCGUCGGGUGCCUGUAGCCACAGUUCCCCAGGACCCGUGGGCGCUGAGCGGCCCAGCUCCAGGAAGAAGUAAGAGUCUGCAUGGCCGCAGCGGCGCACGCUGAGCAGGGACAGGCGCAGGGCGGGCGGCGGCAAUGCCUGGAUGUCCCGGGAUCCUCUGCCCCCGGGUUUCCGCAGUAGGCUCAGGGCCCCGGAACCCAGGCAUAGGCGGUAGUCGCCGCUGCCCAGGCCUCGGGUUCGCCCCAGCCCCUUUGGCCGCAGCGUCACGGGCCAGACGUCCUGGAACGGAGCGAGGAUCCAGGCUCCGGGGUCUUCGUGGGAGCUGGGAUCUGGAAGGACAACGGGCUGAUCAGAGGGGAUUCCGGGGGUCGGAAGUUGGAGUCACGGUUCCCGGAGGACUGGACACAUGUAAACGCUUAAUAUUUGAACUUUCGGGAGUUGACUUGGGAGAGGGACAGGUUUCGGAUAAAUCAAGUCUGCAAUCCGCCCCCCGCCCCAACCCUCCCGGUGGCCCGGGACUGGACCGCCCGGGUUCCGGCCUCACCGGCUGCAGCGGCGGCGGCGGCGGCGGCGCGCACCUCGAGCAUGGCGCCGUACCACACCUGCUGCUCCGCUUCGCUGGCCGCCGCUACGCCCAGGCUGCUGUCGCGCGUGUAGAGAACGAUCAAGUGGCGCUGGCGCGCGUCCGCGCGUUUGCUGAUGGUGCACGCGCCCGCCAGGCUCACGCUGCGCCGGGGCCGCGCUCCACCGCUGCAGCCGGCGCGGAACUUUUUCUCGCUCUCGUAGUACUCGAGGCGCGGCGGGUCCUCCCGCAGCACGAAGAACCGGCGGCGCUGGGACUUCUGCUUCCGCAGGUGGCCGCAGAGUCGCACGUCAGCGGGACAGGGCCAGGGUAGCGGCGGGCAGAGGGGCAGGUCCGCUGCCUCCAGCUCCUGGGUGGUUGUGGGGCCGCCGCCUGCGAGCUUCAUCCCGAGCCGAAGGCAAUGAAGUGGCCGAGGAAAGGCUGAUGCACUGGGUCUCGUUCCCUGGGCCGCUGGGAAAGGCCAGAAGAGGUAGGGUUGAGGUGGCAGGCCCAGGAGGCGACCUCCAGGUCGACCUAACAGGCUGCGACCGUCUACGGGCCCAGCUUCUCUUCCCCGACUCUCGACUUGAUGUUUGGGACAAACACAGCGUAUAUCUCAGUGUCCGCCCGGUAGCCUGUGACACUCGGCGCUCCUUAGGGCCUCCGAGGCCGACCCGGCCGGGUCUCCUCUCUCCAGUCCUCCGCCGACCGCUGCGGGAAUCCCCACCCCCACGAGGUUUACCCUCGCGCGCCCCGGCGCAGCAGUUGGAGUCCGAGAGUGGAGGCCAGGGGUCCUGCGCCCCUGGGGACUAUGCCUUAGCAGGGGCGGGGAGUGUGCGGACGUUUCAGCCAAUCAACUGACCAGUUGUGGGGGCGGAGGAGGGCAGCGCCUGCGGCAGGCGGGAGCUAUGCGAAAGCAACGUGUGAGGCGGGCGUGAUUGGAGUCCGAGGUGAUGGCGCUGGCGAUUAGAUUGUGGCCAAGGGGGCCAUCGUUACGGCAGCAUCCCCUCCGGCCCUAAGUACCCCGCUGGACCACUAGGCGUCGGUCUCCUGUGUACACUCUUCCCACUCGGGCGAUUUUGCAAGUCGCCCCCCCCCCCCCAAAAGCCAUGGCUGCUGAGCCGCGGGCUAGUCUGCUUUCUGAGUUGCGGGCUGUUUUUCCGUGGGUUUGGAGUGAGAGGAGGUGUCUUGGCAUAGGUAAACUUCUGGACUGGUCCUGUGCACAGACCAUAUCCACCAGAAUCCCUGUCAAGUGGCCACUGAAGGACCUGUAGAGGAUCUCUCAGGGACACCUCCAGAUUGCUCCUUUGCUCUCAGCACCUUCUCACUACCACAUCCCCAAAAUGCUACCCUGGACCAGCUGAAAGCACUGCUCACAGAGGCGUGGACCCCGUGGUGGAGGUCCUCUUUAUCUUUUGCAUCCUGAGAAGUUUGACUGGGGCUGAGGAUAGGACAUUUUUGUGUCUCAGUUCGGUUGCCUGGACCACUGCACAGUUGCUGAGGAAGGAUAAUGCUGGUGGGCUGACGCCGUCAGACAAGCCCAGCUGAACAGGACCGGGCCUCAUCAGACUUCAUCGGAGUGCAUGAUCUCAUUCCCAUGGGAAAACAAGAUUACUGCAGGGGAAAACUGAGGGCUGAUGGGGGAGAGUCCAAGCUGUAACCCCCGUUUAAGAAGGUAUUGGAGUUCAA